CGAUGUUAACCGGUAGGACGGUGCUAAUUUUAUAGCGUUUGCCACGUCAUGGUCGACGGAGAAGAUACUUGUCAUCAUCUCGCUACAUGAACACGUCGUCCGUUGCGCGGUAUAUCGCUGCGGUGCUGUCGUAUUUUCGGUGGGCUAUCGCCGCAGCCGUCGCUUGGGUCUUGAGCGCGCGCCACGCGGCCAAUGCCGCCGAGACCCCCGACCACUGUGUUGCCCGUGUAUCGCUGCUCCAAAGCAAUGGCGUCGGUCGCUCGUCCGAUUCGAUUGUUGUGGACGAGAUCGACGACUCGGAAGAUACGCUGGCCGGGAAUCAGGAGGAAGACGUUCUGGAAUUGGCCCCACGUUCCAUCCACGACCACUGCGUCGUGCCUGUCAAGGAAGCAAGCGACGACCGGAAGAGCGUCGAAGACCCAGCGAUGACACCCGAGACCAGCGAUGACGUCUUGCAGUACAUUGAAAGCUACAUGACGUGGCUCAACACGCGCCGAGCGUCGAUCAAACCACUCCCAUCGGCUCCGAACGAUGAAUUCCUUGCGUGGUUGAGCCAGAACGAGGAAGCCGAGAUGACGUCCUCGAGCAACCAAGAGGAACAUCUUAGCGACGUGCCGCUCGAGCCCAAGCAAGCCCCAAAGCCAAGCUACCGCGUGUUUCGACGCUUGUAUAUUCGCUCGAAAUAUUAACAAAUCACAUUGCAUAUGUAUCGCA